CUGCCGGACACUGAGGUCGGUAUUGGUUGCUUUUCUUUCACAAGGUUCCCAAAGAACUCAGAGAUUUGGAAUAUUGGGUUACAGUGUGGCAAAAUGGCGACUGUCAUUCAGAAUCCGCUGAAAGCGCUCGGGGACCAGUUCUACAGGGAGGCCAUUGAGCACUGUCGCAGCUACAAUGCUCGCUUGUGUGCCGAGCGCAGCGUACGCAUGCCCUUCCUGGACUCUCAGACGGGCGUAGCUCAGAACAACUGUUAUAUCUGGAUGGAGAAGAGGCACCGGGGGCCAGGCUUGGCUGCAGGUCAGAUGUACACCUACCCAGCUCGUUGCUGGAGAAAGAAGAGGCGACUUCACCCGCCACUUGACCCCCAGCUUCGUCUUUGUGAACUCCGACUCGAAGCUGAACUGAUGGCCAAGAGAGAAGCCCCAGCGACGGAGGCCACGGCCCUGGAGGCGCUGUUACGAGGUGAUGGGAUCUUGGACAAGAGAAACAAUAACUCCAAAGAGGAAGAGACACUACUGGAAAUCCAGAGGGUGCUUGAGGCAGAUGAAAAUGGGGAUGGUUUCCAUGACGAUGAAGAUUUUGAAGUGGACACACCAAAGAGGAAGCAUCGAAACAAAGGCAGGGGUCGAGGCUCUGGACGCAGGCGAACAGAAGCAGUGGCCAACGAUGAUCAAGAUAAACCCUACGUGUGUGACAACAGAUACAAACAAAAGCAUAACUCAAAAACCGCUGACUCAGUUUGCGGGAAGCGUUACAAAAACCGCCCUGGACUAAGCUACCAUUACACCCACACUCACCUUGCUGAAGAGGAGGGUGAGGAAGAACGAGAAACCGAAAUCCCCCAAUCUCCUCCAGUCCAUCACGAGAAUCACAAACCACAGAAAGGGCCCGAUGGCGCGAUCAUCCCUAAUGACUACUGUGACUUCUGUCUGGGAGACUCAGGCUCUAACAGGAAGACAGGCCAGGCUGAGGGACUGGUUUCCUGUUCAGACUGCGGCCGCUCCGCUGAUCGCGUCGGUGGGACCAGGGCGAAGAGGAGGACGGGCGGACUUCUGGACAUGUUCGGCGACACGUCAGAAAGCGAGGCGUCCACCUUUCACGGCUUUGAGGAGGACGACCUGGACGGGCUUCUGUCCGACGACAGCACAGGCUCACCUCAGUACAGAUAGACAAAGGAGAAACCUCAAGAAAACAGCAUCAGAGAAACUCUCGGCAUGUGUCUGCUGCCUGUUUUUUUUUUUUUUUUUUCUUUUUCCCUUUUUACCUGUUGUUUUGCAGCAGCAUGCGUAACGGAUUGACAACUCCAGACACAAUGUUAACUUCAGGAAUUGCUUUCAAAGGACAAGUUGCAGCCUUUUAUAAAUUAAGGAAUGUUGUUUUUAUUGCUUCACACUUCUGUAUACUGAGAGGUGCUAGUUUAUCGGAGGAGCCAUUACUUCUGGACUGUUUGUUUUCCGCCACUGGAAAAUUGCAGGGACGUUACCGAUGUGUGGAUUACACUUCGCCAUGUAAGAUAAAAUGCCUACUGUGUGGAAAUUUACUUUAGAAAUAGAAAUUAAAGAAUUUCAAACCUCAAGGAGGAGAAAAUACUCAACGUGUGUCUGUAGGUCGGAUAGCGAAGGUUUUUUUUUUUUUUUUCUUCCUACCUCUGGAUAAAUACAAUAUUUGCAAAGAAAGGGAUCACGAGAAGGCAGAGAGUGGGCUGAGGCCAGGCCCUGAUUGGAUCCAGAGGGAAGGGAGGACAGUUUGCAGAGAGGUAAGAGCCAGUUGGCAUUUCAAUGUCCAUCUCUCCUCCUUUCUCAGGACAGCUGCAAGAACGAGAACAAAAAAAUGACAAUGAAAUUUGAAAUGCCAUGUUUGCUGGAGGAUACAUGAAAGUUGGCCUCUCCCUAUUUUGUUUCGUUGAGUAAGAAGAAAAAAAAAAAAAAAAAAGGACUCGAAUCUUUGGAGUAACUUCCCUUUACUAUUCAGGAAACUCUCCUUAAACGACAGGUACAAGAAGGGGUACAAUUGUAGCAUAUGUGCAAUGAUUCUCAUGAAGGCUUUGUUUUGCAAAUAAAAUCUGGACCAUUCACCUCUGUUAACAGAUCCAGCUCUGAGAAUUUGACUAUGUAUGUGUAAAUGCAAAUAAUAUUAAUAAUAAUAAUAAUGAUAGUAAUAAUACACUGGAUUUCAAGCACAUAAGCUUCCUACGUUCAAUAGGAAAAUGCAGUAAAUGUGAACUAGAAAACAGAAUACAUGCAAUAAAAUGCACAAUACACAAUAGCCACAGGGACGUCACCCAGUUAAUAUGGGGAUAUUUCAGCAACGUAUCCAUUUUGUAUGAACAAACGUAGCUAUAUUUGCUCUCUAAAGCUCUUCUAUUUAUUGUUAUGGUGAACUCAUACUUUUGAAUUGCGAAAAUGUUGCGUAUUAAUGCUUUCAAUCUUGUCUCUAUUUCAGGGCGUUCAUUUUUUGAAAACGAUAGUAUAAUUUAUUAAGAUAUUGUAUAAUGUAUAUAGGCCCAAGAACUGUCGCGGGCUAAACCCGUUGUUCUAUAACAGCUCCCGAUGAUAUUUCUCCCAGUGUUUUGAUGUCUAAACUUUGAGAAAAUGUUUUCAAUGUUUAACAUUCAAACUUUAGUUCGUUCAAUACUAAGCCAAAGGGCAACAUGGCUAGAGAUGAUGCUUGUAACUGCUUCUGUGACAUGAAGACCUGUGGCACAAAGCGCACAGAACACACUUCAUGCAACCUGUCAUCCAUGCUGUGGCCGCUGCUGAGUCCUGUUACUCCAAAUGUCAGCCUGCAAGUCUUUCACUGGAUUUUGUUACUGAAAAACAUUAAACAUUUUACAUUUUAUGAA